AUGUCCUCAGAUGACAUCCAGGGGUACCCUAUCCGCCGAAACAACUCCUGCAGCACGGGAGAAUCAGCAUGCGGUCGUACGUGGGGAACAUUUCAUGCCUGCUGUCCCGAAGGCGCUCAAUGUCUUGAUUCACAAGCCGACAAGAUCAGGAAUUUCAUCUGCUGUCCUAAUUCUCUGAACUGCUCAUCUGUUCUCGCGGACGCCCCAACUUGCGCCGACACAACGUGGGAUCUUUACAAUUCGACCGGCUAUUUCUGUUGCGAACCCAAACAUCCCGGGUUUGAUGUUCAAGACACUGUUUCGGUUGGUUGUCUUGAUCCCGGUACUCCGCGCAACGAAUCAUAUAAUGCAUUGAAAGCCAGUUCUAUCGGUACUCCUCUCACGACUUUGACAUCCAUAUCCGCCAGUACCUCUAGAUCUUCCAGUACCUCUUUAUCCUCCAGUAUACCCACAUCAUCUUCGGACAGCUCAUCAUCAACAAAUACUGGAGCUAUAGCCGGUGGUGUUGUCGGCGGUGUCGUUGGCGCAGCCAUACUUGGUACAGCUAUAUUUUUCCUAAUUCGGCGCCGGAAACGCCAGCAGUCACAGCAGAAAUUUGAGCCUCAGACGCCUCAUCCAGCAUUGCCUGCAUAUCCGCUUGAAAAAGACGCCAAUCAACCGAAAGAGCUAGGUGAUGGACGCCCCCGGGUGGAGUUAUCGAGUACCGGAAGCCACUCAAUUACAGAUCGUCAUGAGCUACCGACCACCAAUUGA